UACAACUUUUGCCAGGGAUAUUCAUUCAUGGAACGCGCCUCCCUAUAGAUAGACGUUCUUUAUUGUUACCGGCACCUUAACUGGCCGUGUUUGCGCAUUGAUAAAUCCCCAGGCUAAGGGAUGAUUGUUGACCUCCUGCAGGAGAUCCUCAGGCCCUUUGUCCUGUCCGGAGGAGGAAAAAGAAGAUGAAUGAUGAAGGCAGGCGUAAGAUACAAAAAACACGUUCGAACAGGACAGAAGUAUCCCAGCCAGCUACAGUGGCUGUACCUCACGGGACUUCUCUGCCAAGUCUCUUGCGAGUUCCUUCAGUGGCAGUCCCUACACAAGAUGAUGUUGAACUUGUAGAUCCUAGGAUUACACAGACUAUGUCCCUCACAAGUACACAAGCACAAACACAUUCUCAGACAGUCAUACAGACACAUAGUCCUGCUCAGGCAUCUACCCACAGACUCUUGGAAUCUCUUGUUCAGACACAUAUACAACCUCAUGUCCAGACCAACAGUGUCCACUCCAUGCCACAGAUGCAGCCCCAGGAUGAAGUUUUGUUGGCCUCCCAUCUAGAGGCACCACCAGAAGUUCACUCACAGCAACCAGAGAUGCAUGCACAGCCUCACAUACAAAUUGAGUCACAACAAACAGAUGCUCAAGUUCACCUUCAAACCCAUUUGCCAGGGCCAGCUCAAACUACGAUUAUGCAUAGCCUUGCUGAUUUAGUGCAGUCUGAGAUUGAUGGUGAUUCAGCUCAGCAGGCAGCAAAAUCACAAGAUGAUUUAACUGCAUCACGAAUACCAGUCACUCGCCAGCAGGCUCAUAAUAGCUCUGUGAAUUUACAAGACUUGCAAUCUGCUUCCCUUGAUUUAAAUGAAAUUCACACAUCAAAUGCUCAAGCUAAACUCUUGAGUGCUAUUACCUCUUUUGCUGAUUCUAAUCAAAUGAAUUCUGGAGCAGCUGGAGUACAGCAAGUGGGGAAUAUAUCAUUGUUGCAAGCACUAUCGCAACAGUUGACCAGUGCACAGAUUAUAGAUGCCUUGAUAGCAGACAGAGUUUUGAUAGCAUCAAAGAAUAAUCAGGGUCAAACUACAGUCACCCCUGUUUCAUCUGUCUGUAGUACUGGUUUGGAUGGCCUACCAGUGAUGCGUAUACAAGGUAAUUACACUGCAACUCGCGCUGAAGAUGGCACUACUACUCUUGUCCCUCAGAACAGAAUACCAACUGGUCCUAAUACUUUUUUGGAAACGCACUUAUUAAAUCCUCAGCUCAGUGCAUCCCAGCUUCAGUUAGAUACUUCAAAACUAGAUCCCUCUCAGGCUUCGAAUAUGUCAACACUUAUAACCUCAAAUAAGAUACUGAAUCGCCUGUUAGAUGCUAGAAAGCAGCACAUCCCAUCUCAUAUAGCCAAAGCAGCUGAACUUGCUCACCUCAUACCUAACCCGUCUGUUCGAACUGCAAGCACAACACGUUCAGGUGAAAUGGAAGAUGGUACCUUGAACAUGACCUUUGCCACCUCAAGUCGAGGAUCUAGUCCUUUAACAACUUUAACACGGAGUUCUGGUACAAGCAUGUGCACAGUUACUGGAGCUUUGCGAAGUUCUAGUGGUUAUGGAGAUACUUUUAACAAAACUUCACCAACUCUUCAGUUAGAAAAUGUUAGUGUACCUUCAAAUUUUCCUCUGAAUAAUUCACUGCUUCUAUCAACUUUAUCAAGCCAGAAUCCUCUACCUCAACAGAGACAGUACGAUGAAUCUGACCAUGCACUUUUGGGAAGCCAGAGUGCCGAAAAUAUUGAAGAAGCACAACUUGAUGGCAUUAGUCAUGAACAUAUUAGGCUUUUCCAGGCACUGCCAGUGGGUCAGAAUCCUUCCAUAUCAAAUUGUGUUGUUUCCGGAGUUAAUGUCCUUGCAGUUUCAGCUGUUGAGAAAAAUAAAAAGAAUUUUGUUCCUACUUCAGUUUCUACUAGUAAUUUAAGACCUGUUAGUACUGGUGGAUUAGCAGAUGUUUUAAGUAAAAAUACCAAUGUUAUGGAAUCUCAUCCUCGUUCGCAGAUGAUUACAUGCUCAAAGCAAGGACUCGCCACAUCCACAGAUCCAGUGUUUCACUCAGUUGUUACCUCUGGAGUUGUACCUUCUGCUUUAAAUGUGUAUGGAUCAACAAAAUCUGGCAUGUUGUCACAAGAUAAUUCAUUACGGUUGAAAAACCAAGUUACUGACUCAAGAGUUUCGCAGCUUGCAUUAGUAGACCUUGCUAGUCGUACCUCUAGUUCUGAUAUUAUGCUGGGUAGUGGAGCCGGAAAUUUAUUAUUAGGUAUGCCAGAAACACGAAUGUCUCAUACGGGUGAUGUCCUCUUGUCAGAACUUCAUCGCAGUGAUGAAAGUGAGUUGAGUUUGAGUUCUUCCUUGACUGGAGCUGGAGAUGGCCUUCAUAGCAAUACAAGUGCAUUAGUAUCUGAAGGGGCACUUGGAACAGGCAUUGUAUCAGAUACUGGUCCACUUCAUGGGUUGCCUUCACCGCCACCCCUUCAAAGUUUACCCUCGCCACCUCUUCCAAGUCUUAGCUUGCCUAAUAUUGCUUCUGACUUUAUGGUAGGAGGUAUUUCAAGUAGUAAAUUGUCUUCUGGUCAGGGGCCUUUUCCAGCAUUGCUUACUAACUUAGCAACCACUUCUGAACUUGACCAAUUUUUAGAGAACUCCAAUAUGUGUAUAGAUAUAAAUAGCCUAUCUGAGUCGGAAGUUUCUCUAAGUACGGCUCCAGGUACUUUUGUAUAUUCUCCAGAGAAGCCUUUAAACAAAAAAUCUUCCAGUCCAUCAUCUGAUCUUACAUUUACCAGUGCUCUGAAAGCUGCUACUUCCAAGAGUGAUGAUGACAUAAAAUUACAUUGUGAUGUAAGUUUAUCGCCGAAAGUGCUUGAAGGACGCAGUGAAACAAAAUCGUCUCAUAUGGACAUAGAUGUAGUUUGUACAUCCAGCAGUGAACAUAGUGCAGCAAUAACACCUACAUUUAGCCAACCUCCCACGGUAAAUCAUGUGUCAUCAUCUAGGUCUAAAAAGACAGAUUCUCAGUUGUCAAGUAAACCAUCUUCAGGGAGCAAAGACAAGAGGAAAGAAAUGUUCAAAAAGAAUGAAUUGCUCGUACAACAGGUUGCCUGUUUUAAGUGUCGUCUGUGUUCAUUUCUUAGUCAAGAUAAAGGUGAAAUGGUGAAUCAUAUGAAGCAGUUACACAGUGAGUAUUUAUCAGACUCUGAUGAUUCUGAGACAGAGGAAAGCUCAGCCACAAAGAAAUUAAAAGUUCAUCUUCCCAGAAAGGAGCCGGAGAAUAAUCCAGAGGAAACUCUGUUGGCUGGGAAAGACAAGUCAAAAGCUAGUAAAGCACAAGACAAGAAAGCAGUUAAUGUCAGUGAUAAUAAUUCUGAGAAUGACAGUUUAUUCAGGAUGAUGAUCAAAGAGGAAGUUGAUAAUGGAAGGUGCCGUAUUUUCAUCAAGUCAGAGCCUCAGGAAUCUACUCCAGAAAAGGGGAAAGAAAAGAGCCAGGCUCCACAAAGGCCAGAUCCUGAACAGGAGAGUGAUCAGACUCUUGAUGAUGAUGACACUAAUGACAGUAGUGCCACAAGUGAUAGCGGUAGUUUAAAAUCUAAGAAAAACUCCACCAAAUCAGGCCGUCCAGUGUACUCUAAAUCAGUUGGCGCUGCCAAGCUGAAAAAGAAUAGUCCAAAUGCAAAAGGCUCAAAAAAAGUUGUUGGAAUUAGAUGUGAUGUUGAUGGUUGUAGUUUAAGGAUGAAGAGUGAGAGUAAUAUAGCUUACCACAGGAAGUGCCAUGAGGGAGGAUUUCUAAAGUGCCAAGAGUGCAGUGAGCAGUUUGGCAUGUGGCGUAAUCUAGCAGUGCAUCUUUGGCGUCAGCACAUGAUUGACAUGGAACUGCAUAAGUGUGACAAGUGUAAUUACAAGACUUACAACUAUAGCAAGUUGAUGAAUGUUCAUAUACACGAUCCACAGCGAAGACAUACGUCAUUGUGCGAUAUAUGUGGAAAGAGAUUCAAAACUGCCAGGCAACUAAGGAGUCAUAAGGGAGUUCACAUGAGGAAGACAAACUCACCACAGCUUCAGUGUGAAAAGUGUCAACGGCUGUUCUCAGACAAGAGAAUGUUGCGAAACCAUAUGGAGUCUGUCCAUAAUAAAGUUAAACCUUUCCUGUGCAACUAUUGUGGCUAUUCGACAGCAUCACGAUCUACCCUCAAAAUGCACAUGAGACAGCAUACAGGUGAGAAGCCUUUUGCCUGUGAGAAAUGCAGUUAUCGCACUGCUGACCACAAUUCCCUUAGACGUCACAGAAUGCAGCAUUCUGGUGUUCGACCGUAUCGAUGCCCAUACUGCGAUUAUGCAUCUAUACAAGCAACUACAUUCAAGGUUCAUAUAAGAGAUAAACAUCCUUGCUUGGCGGAUGGCAUAGUCUUCACUUGCGGAAUAUGUAGGUUUGAGACUAUAAAGAAAGAUAAUUAUUUGGUUCAUGUUGCUGGACAUAGUCGAAGUGAAACCAAAAAAGCAGCUCGCCCAGCAACUACUCCUCCAGUAUCAACAAACAACAGAAUUCAACCUGGGACAAUAAUAAGUGCCACACCUCUCCCCCAUGUUGUGAAUAUAGAUGUUGAAAGUGGGGCAGUUACUGUUGAGAGUCCUCAAGCGAACCAGUAUGUUAAUUCAGUUACUGUCCAGCAGGAUGGUCUAGAGACACAAGUCCCAGGGCAGGUUACUGUGGCUGGUGACCAGUACAUAUAUGCAGCAGUGGACUCCUCGAUGCUUUCUAGGGUAAGGUCAACUGAAGGUGUAGUACACAUUACUCCAGAUGUAGUGGCAAUACCUUUGUCUAUGGCAGGUGAUUCAGGAAGUGCAUCAGCCAUCCAGGGUCUAGUCUAUGUAACUACUAGUAAUCAGGGAGGAGAGUGAAGUCUAGAGAGCAUAAACCUUGUCCCUCAUAGUACAGUAUGUUGAAGCAUCAUGAAAAAUGUGAAAGACAGUAAUUGCCAGACAGUUUUGUGUUUCUCCAAAUCCAAACACUAGAGAAAGUCAGGUGAUACAAAAAUGCUGCCCUCAUUGCAGCACAAGCUUUAAGUAAAAUAAUUGCAUGAUGGAAAAACAUGUUUAGCUAGUGCAAAUUUCUUGUGCAAUUGUGGAUGAAGAAUGAGCUUUAUUACUUAAGAAUAAUGUCUUUUUACAAAACCACAUUAAAGUAUGCUUGAAGCUUUCAUGGUCUUAGGUCACAGUAGAGAAACUUUGUAAACUGUGAUAUAACAGUUAAAGAGACAGUAAGGAGUACUUGAUUUAUCAGUGUGUAAAGUGUUGGUAACACAUUGGUACAAAAGUUAUCAUUAGAACCUCAACAUUCAUUUAGUGCAUAUUUUGAUAACUGUGUAUUUAGUAUAUUUAUUGGAAUUUUCAUAAUCGUCCCAACUUUAAAAGAAGGCACUGCUGUGAUUUUGACCUUGGUGUUUUCAUCCUAAAGGAAAGGGAGAUUUUUCUUAUUUUUUUUUUUAUAUUAGUGGUAAUUCAGCAGAAAUGUCCUAUGUUUUGAUCUAUAAAUAGUAAUAUAUAUUCAGGGAUUCAAAUAUUUUCUACAUGAGGAAAUUUGACAAAACUCAACAAGUAUUGUGAACUGUGUUGUCUUUACAUCAGUUAAGUUAUGAACAGGGAAUACUUGGCUUCCAUUCAUCUUGGUGUGCUUUGUAAUUGUGUGUUAGUUAAACCGCAAAGGAAAAGUUCGGGAGCCAUUUCUGUGUGAGCUAAGUUGUGAAGUCCAGUCUUGAAAAGGUGACCAGAAAUUGAUGAAGAUCUUAAAGGAUCUUUGUUCAAGUUCUUUCCAAAUGACUUAAAAUAUAAUAUAUGCUGGUUGUAAUAUAACUCUGUGAAAAUUAAAAGCCUGUAGUAUUUUGAAUGCCAUUUGCUCAAGUGUGUUGUGAGGGAGAAAUAGCCAGUGCUUCUCAUAAUGAUAAAGACUUGAGGUACUAUGUACUGUCUUCACAGCAAAGCAGCUGAUGGAAAAUGAGCUUGUAGUUUUAGAAUACGUAUGUAAUUUCCCUAUUAUACCAAAUCCUAGUCAUUCCUUUCACGUGAUUCAUUAAGAAAUUAAAUUGAAAAUGUUACUUUCGUAUUGUGUUCAUAGACUUAGAAGUAUUAGUAGUAUAAUGUGUUGCUAAUGACAUUGUUUGAAAUGGUUUACACAAAGAACAUCUACUGAAAAACAUGCAGCAGCUAUUCAUCUUUCAUCACUGAUUACUGUAUUGUAUUAGAGUAAUUUGCAUAAUUAGGAAAGCAUUUGUUUUUGCUUGAUUCAAUUCUCAAGAAUCUUAAUAUUUAGUUUUUAAGAGAUAAUGGAUGUGCCUUGGACAUACUGAUGAAACCUGGCACUUCAAUAAUGUUUGGUUCAUUACAAUGAUGGCUGUGAUUUAGUGUGUAGUUUGAGGUGAUAUAUGUUGUACAGCACUUUUACAUACAAUUACUGGAUUACUUCUGAAAGGUGCUAUAGCUUAGCUGUUGACUGUAAUGCCCUUUCUGGAUAACAGGGACUGUGAGAUUCCAUUUUAUUUUGACUUUGAUUAGGUAGUAUCUUAUUCUGGUCUGGUAUAUGUUAGCACCUAACUUAAACACGACUAGUUAAAUAUAAAAUUGUUCCUUUGGAAAUACAGACCAGGGCUCUUUAUGUAGGAGUAUCCCUCAUCACGAGCUGGAUAUGGCUGUUGAAUCUUUAAAAAGGUGGGUAAUUGAUUGGCAAGUGAGUGGGGGAGUCUGGUGCCAACUUGCUGUGAGCCAGUACUUUUUCUUUGGCCAUUGUCAGGGAAGAAAAACAAAGUGUGAAUAAUGAAAUU